UGUAAACUAGUCGGGUCGCCCGGGACGCGCUACAGCGUGAGGACAGACUCUUCGUUAUUCACAACUGCCAAUAAACAGGACGCAAGGUCCCCUAUUCUCGUUGCUGGUUUAUUUACACACACACAGUCCACGCGUGGCUCCUCAUCCACAGGCGCUGUUUUCCUGUGCGGGUCGACAGGGAUGUAGAAACGGGGGUCUGAAAGUUCCUCAGCGCGCCGUCGAAAUGAAGCGUCCGGUGUACGAGUUGUCAGUUUUCUUACUCUGGAGCUUGUUUUUUGGGCCUUUGUGUUCCUCCUACCCUCUUGAAGGAGGAACAGAUGUGCCUCAGCUGAGGGUCGUGGAGGAGCUGGACCGGUUGAAGCUCGGUUUCGGAUGGAGAAACUUGUCCUGCACGCUGUGUAAAGCGAUCUUCGCCUCGGUCGACAUCGCGCUGCUGAGUGACUCAAACAUGGAGCGAGUUUCUCAAGCUUUAGGAGAGGUGUGUGUCCGUCUUCACCUGGCCAAUCCAGACGUGUGUCGUGACAUCACUGCACUCUUCCGCGCUGAUGUCAUAAGAGCGCUCCAGGAGUCUUUCCUCUGGCCUACGGAGGCCUGUGCUGUCCUGGUUGGACCUUCAUGUGGCCAUUUCGACAUUUACGCCCCCUGGAAUGUUUCCUUACCACAAAUCCCCAAACCUCCAGUCAAACCGCCUUCUCCACCCAAACCAGGCUCUCCACGCAGCAGGAUCCUCUUCCUCACAGACAUCCAUUGGGAUGCAGAGUACGCAGAGGGCAGCUUUGCAGAGUGUAACAAGCCUCUGUGUUGUCGAAAUGACUCUGGAAGGGCCAGUUUGAGGCACGCCAGGGCAGGAUAUUGGGGGACGUAUAGCAAGUGUGACCUGCCUUUGCGCACAGUGGAGAAUCUUCUGGAGAACGUAGCUAAAUCGGGUCCAUGGGAUUGGGUUUAUUGGACGGGGGAUAUUCCUGCUCAUAACGUGUGGUCUCAGACGCGGAACCAGCAGCUUAAUGAGCUGGUCACCAUUACCAGACUCAUACACAAACACUUGGGCCGAAACGUUACAGUGUAUCCUGCGGUGGGGAAUCACGAGAGCACGCCGGUCAAUAGUUUUCCUCCUCCGUUUGUGCAUGGAAAUCAUUCGUCCCGUUGGCUUUAUGAGACCAUGGCGAAGGAGUGGGCACCCUGGCUGCCUGAGGAAGCCCUGGAGACCAUACGCCGUGGUGGUUUCUACAGCGUGGAGGUUGAGCCUGGAUUAAGGCUUGUGUCUCUGAACAUGAACUUCUGCGCCAGAGAAAACUACUGGCUGAUGGUAAACUCCACCGACCCGGCAGAUCAGCUGCAGUGGCUCAUUCACAUCCUGCAGGAGUCUGAGAACAAGAGAGAGAAGAUUCACAUCAUCGGUCACAUUCCUCCAGGUCUCUGUCUGAGCAGUUGGAGUUGGAAUUACUAUCAUAUAGUCAACAGGUAUGAAAGCACUAUAACCGGUCAGUUUUUUGGACACACACACACGGAUGAGUUUCAGAUGUUUUAUGAUGAAGAAACAUUGACCCGUCCACUGAGUGUGGCUUUCAUUGCUCCGAGUGUCACCACUUUUGUCAACCUCAACCCAGGAUACCGUGUGUAUUACGUGGACGGAAACUACCCCGACAGCAGCCGAAUGGUUCUAGAUCACGAGACAUUUAUUCUUAACCUGACUCUGGCCAACAACCGGCCCUUAAAACCAGACCCGAGCCCGUCCUGGACUCUUCUCUACCGAGCGUCCGAGGCCUACGGUCUGUCCACACUCUUCCCUUCAGACAUGGAAGCUCUAAUCAAACACAUGGUGAAUGACGAUCGCGUUUUCCAGCGAUUUUGGUAUCUCUUUUACAAGGGCCAUGUGUCUAAACCCUGCACAGACACAUGCAAAACCUCUGUCAUCUGCCUCCUGCACAGCGCACGCUAUGACCUGCUGACCCAAUGCAGCCCGCUGCACGGAGACACACACAAGAAGAGCAUGUGCUGAGGAGAAUGGAGAAAUCAAAGCUCAUGUUUUCCAGUAAGGCUCCAUCAGUUAAGGUUAGUUCAUUUUAUUAUAUAAAUUAAGAAUGAACAGCAUCAACAAGCAACUAACAUUAACAAAGAUGAAUAAAACCGGUAAUAAAUGUAUUAUUCGUUGUUAAUGUUAGUAAAUUACUAGAUUAAAUCAGUGUUUCUCAACCACGUUCCUGGAGGACCACCAACACUGCAUGUUUUGGAUGUCGCCUUUGUCUGUCACACUCAUUACAGGUCUUUCAGUCUCUGCAGUUGAUCUGAAUCAGGUGUGUUUGGUUAAGGAGACAUGGAAAAUGUGCAGAGCUGGUCCUCCAGGAACGUGGUUGAGAAACACUGUAUUAAAUAAUAGUAAAUUAAAGGGGUAGUUCACCUAAAAAUAAAGAUUCUGUCAUCAUUUACUCACUGCACUAAUCACAAACCUGUUUGAGUUUCUUCUGUUGAACACAAAAGAAGAUAUAUAUUGAUGGUUAUGUUGAUAACCUGCAAAUAUCGACUUCCUAGUAUUUGUUUUUCAUAUUAUAGAUGUUCAGUGCGGUUUGAACAUUCUUCAAAAUAUCUUCUUUUGUGUUCAACAGAAAAAAGGAAAGCCAUAGGGGUUUGGAAGCACUGGAGAGUGAGUAAAUGUGUGUUUUAUUAAAUUUUUUUGGGUGAACUAUCCCUUUAACUACUGGACCUUAUUGUACAGUGUCACACUGAUUCUUUCAGCACUUUUUUUCUGUUUGUUACAUUUGUUUUUGGUGAUCAAAUCAAUGGUUAGCUGACUUGCUGUGAACGUCGUUGGUAUUUAAAGCCGUUGGUAUUUGGUUAAAGGGAUGGUUUACUCAAAAAUAAAAAAUCCUUGAUCAUUUAGUCAGCAUCACGUCAUGUAAGAUGGGGACUUUUUCCCUCAGUAGGACAUUAAAGAAGAUUUGUUUGUUGAAAUUUUGGUUCUUGGUGAUUCAGCAAAUGUAAAUCAGCAGUUUGAAGCUCAAAAAAAUUCAAGGUAAAUAAAAAUGGCGAUACACAGAGGUCUUAUGAAGCGAAACGAUCAAGAAAAUUGAUCUUAUUUAUAACAUAAUUAUAUUUAAUUCACAGCUUCGUCAAACUCUUUCCAGUACGUUCAAUGUAAAAUCAUUUUAGCUCGCCUGGAUGUGGUUUUUGGACUUUAAAAGUAGUUGCAUUCACUGGUUUUUGGAAUUUCUGAAUCACCAGACCACAGUUUUAUCAAAUAAAUUAUCUUAACAUUUUACUGAAGAAAACAAAAUGCACUUAACUCUUGUGGGUGAUUUAUUUUUAGGUGAACUGUCACUUUAAAAUAGGACUUGAAAGGUCCACGGUUUGUGUAAAGGUUUGUCAUUUAGGGCGCUGAACCAGAGACGAGUUUUAUCUGAUGAAAAUGAGCUCAUGGCUGAAUCAUGCGCUGUGUUUGUGCCUCGGAACAACCACAGUUCCUCCAUCUUCAGCCUUUAUUUAUUCUCAAUGCUGUGGUUGUGUGUUUUCGUCACUCAUGAGCUGAUCGUGGUCUGUUCAUCACUUCCUGCAUUGACCUACAGUUUGCACACUGGAGUCUGAGUCAAGUGACAAUGUGGACUUGAAAAUCAAGUCAUUGAACUGUUUUAAUUAAUUAAAAAAAAAAAAGUUCUCAAAGAUGUUAUGAUCAUGUGAUUUACUUGCGGAAAAUGAUUAGGCAGUUAUUGUGGAUCUUAAUGAAUGUUAAAAUCAAGAAUGAUUAUAGGUUGUAAUUAUUGAAUAAAGCUAUUUUGCAGGUUGUUUGAUCAUUA